AUGCAGGCUGUCCGCGGCAGCGACUAUCUCUUCAAACCCACAGAUUGGCAGUGUGCCAAUGCGGUACCGUCAAUUGGCAAUGUCGUUCACGAUGCAGCAUUUGUCAGUGGCCUCGGGAAGGCAAAGUGGAAAUGCGCGAAGGGUACAUUUCCCGGUCUCUCUCUGCUUGUGCUGACCUGUCGCAUGUGCACGAGUGAGGCCACUGAUCUCGCCUCGCAGGGCGACAACGUGCGCUGGGCAACCAAGUACGCAGGCCCUCGCAACUGUCACAGAGAACUGUUGGGCAAAGAUCCACAGGAGGCGCUGCAGCUGUUGACCAGCUGGGACCAACAACGUAUACGAGAUGCUGCCCAAUACGAAGAUGUUGUGGACGGCCAUACACCACUGCACUGGGCCUGCCGUAGCAGUCAUGUCAAGGUGGUGGAGAUGCUGUUGAAGUACGGUGUUGAUACUGAAGCCAAGAACGACACCACGGCCUCUGUUGUCGUGGCGGUGGACAAGUGGCUCAAGCUGAUUCUGCCCGAGCGCACCACCACCCAUACUCUCCCCCACCUCGAUGCCUUUAUCAGUGGUGCCGCCAAACAAAACCCCAAUCUUGCAACGAUGGUUGCUUCAAUCCGAAAAACCAUCGAUGAAGCUCGACCAGAUUUUCCCGCCAUGGACUGGGCUGCCUUUCAGACGGCCAUUACCCAGGCCCUCAACGCACUUGACCAGGCCCUGGAAGCGCCCGAAGCGUUAAGCAACCGCUUGGAGCAUUUGGACCCCAACACAGACAACCUAGAAACAGUGCUGCAAGAGCUGCACGAUGUCACUGCUGGGCUUGAGCUGCAGCCAGCUUUUCUUGAGCUUCAGACCGUGCUGGCAGCAUGCCCCGCUCCAUCCACCACGCCAGUGAUCGCGCCUAAAACGCCACCCACCGACCUGGCGGCGGCCCUGAGCAAAGUCAUCGCCCUGAGCGGCGUGGAACCCAAGCGUCAAGAGCUGCUCACCAGCACCAACAGCAACCUCAAGAGCCUGGUGCUGGCCUUGAUUGAUGCCCUGGGUGCCGUGGCAAGAGCGGGAACCACAGACACCGAUACGAUCCUUCGCGUGGAAACGCUACGGCAAUGCGCGCAAUGCGUGGAUGCAAGUGCACCACCACCAGCCGAGGCAUUGCCCGAGGCCUGGGAGAAGCUAUGCCAAGCUCACGAGAAGCUGAGCCUGCUCGAGCAAAAUUGUCUCGAACAAAUUGCUCAGUGGCAACCCCCUCUAGACUUCGAGCAUCAGGAUUGGUACUUGGCGUUUGUGCACCACGAGUCGCAAGCUCUGUUGCAGCAAUUGCAAGACAUAAUCGAUUGGCAAGCCACGACGCUCUCCGUAUUGACCUCGUGCAUGAGUCACGUGGACAGCUUGACUCAAGACGUUGAUGAUGAAUCGGUUGCUGCUCACGAGGAACUGACAAAACUACAGGCCGAGAUUCAAGGAUUUCACACGGCUUUACAACAUCUGCCUGAAGACGUGCACUCAAGCCUCGAACACAAGCUCCGAGAGAAGAAGGAACGGCUGGAUGCCUUGCGACACCAAUUAUCAGAUCAGCCACACGUGGACCACGUCGCAGAGCUCGCCCAGCUGCUGCACCAACACCUCCCAGCGCUGCUGGUCUUUCUGCACCCUGAACAAAGCACGCUGGGAACACGGCUCCAUACUGUGCUUGGGCCCGACCUUCCGGCCAGCCUGAUCUUGGAGGCCAUGACCGAAGUAGACCAGGGUUUGACGCUCUCCAGCCUGGGCCAGCUGUCUCUCCAAUACAACCAGAAUCACAAGGUGUACAAAGCCCGCGCCGCGCUACCGAAUCUUCCUGAGCAAGAUUUGGCCGUCAAGGAGUAUGCAUUUGCUCGGCAACACAAACAGGAUCAGUGCCGUACAUUCCUGCGUGAGCUUCGCGCCAUGCGCCAGCUUGUGCACCCACACAUCAUCCCGGUCCUUGGCGCGCUUGUGGACGUGCACAGUGGCCACCCAAGCGCCUACUUGGUGCAGCCGUGGUGUACGCAAGGAGAUCUGCAGCAGUGGCUCGGCAAGGCUCGCCACAUUGCCACCUCGACCGUGGUUGCGGGUCUGAUGACCCAGCUGCGCACGGCCCUGGCGUUUAUGCAUAGCAAGGGCCUGGUGCACCGGGAUAUCAAGCUGAGCAACGUCAUGCUGGAUGGCGAGGAGGACCAACCUGUUGUGCGGCUCGGUGAUUUCGACAUUGCCAAGGCCUCCGCUGAAGCCACCAUGCUACCAUGCACGGCCACUGCAUCGUCGGGCACGGCGGGCUAUGUGGCACCGGAGGUGCUAUUUGGAAUGGGUCGUGUAGGUGCACGACCGGCACAGGAUGCCUUUUCCUUUGGCUGUGUGCUAUACAACACGUACAUGUUUCCACAGACGGUGCCACCUGCUCACCCACGAGUUGAUGAGGUUGUGGAUCGAUGCAGCUGGAGCAUACGAGCAGGAGAGUCUGACUGCGACUUUCCGCACUUGGCGACUGAGAUGUGCGAUUCGUCGAGUGAUUUGUACAAGGAAACGCGGGCUUUGCUUGCAACAGAUCCAAAGCAACGGCCAAGCCUUUUCAGCGCCCGGAACAUCACGCAGCAGCCUGCCUUGGCCCAAGUCGGGCCAGCCAUUGAUGUCUUGCGCGAUGCGCCCGAGCUCAUGUCAGAGGUGGGUGAGCUACUGAAGCAGCUGAACAUCGAUGGGCGGGGACCAGCGAAUAUCGCAGUGCAACGAGUGGAGCGCGUGCACAACCCCGUGCUGUGGGAGCGCUACAGCGCCAAGCGACGCGAGAUGUUGCAUCGUAUCAAAAAUCAAGUGCACUAUGAUCAACUCCAAACGGCCACAUCAGAUGCGCCCUCGGGCUCUCCAGCUCUGCUUUGCGAUACAUCCUGUCAAGAGCGUCUGUUGCUCCACGGCAUCGCCCCUGACACAAUGUUGCGUGACAAGAUUGUGCGCCUGGGCCUUGACUAUCGCUUUGCCGGCAGUAGCGCUGGUCACCGAUUCGGUCUUGGCGUUUACUUGGCCGACCAUCCCGGCAAGGAAAUCAGCACGCUGAUAUUCAUGUAUUUGCUGCUGUGCAAGCCUCUGAAGCACAUGCUGAGCAGCUGGCUGCAAAAGCGGGGCAGCCUGAAAACCCCCGACGACGAGAAUGGCAUUCACAAUGCCGAGCAGGACGACGAAGAUUUCCUCGACGACGAGCUGGAUGAAGACCACAUGAGCCACGACGAGACGAUGACUCUGCGACGCGAGGCGAUGGUCAGCCCAGCCACCAUCUAUGCGGCAUUUCGUCGACAAAUGAUCACGUACCUGCAUCGGCCAACGCUGGGGGUGGCCACGUGGCGACACGCCGCAACCUUCUGGAUGACGACGUUUGUGAUUAACCGACUGUCGGCCGAGACGACCGGCGCCCUGGGCAGCCUGAUCCACACUCAAGCUCAACACUCUGGGGACACGGCCCAGCGGGCCUAUGCACGCACAGCCAGUGACCACGUGCAAACCAAAAUGUCGUCGCGAUUGAUGCAUCAAGUGGCCUCGCAAAAAUGGCAUGCUUUGUUUGGACUAGAUCGCAAGCGCAGCAUAGCCGAGUUGACCGCGAACCAAGAAGCAUUGGAAGCUCGCUAUCCCAUCAGCUGGAACCCGGUGACUGACCUCUCACCCGAGGCAAACGGGCGUAUCAUCAUGAACACGAGGGCCGAGCAUGACGUACCCUACAUGACCCAGCUGGCCAAGCAGGCGAGCAUCUCGUGGGGCCACAGUUUCAACAGCCAAGAACAGUUGGACCUGGCCGCGGCCAUUGACCAGCACCGGCCGGAGGAUGGAUGGCUGAUUGUUGUUGCACCGACAGGCAUGGGCAAAACAUUUUGUACCCUGCCCAAGCUGGGCUGUCGCCCGCAUGCCGGUACGGUGCUGUGGAUUGUGCCGUUUGUGGCCGUGGCCAACGAUUUAUUGCGGCGAUUUCAAGGCGCAGGUCACAGUGCCCAGCGAUGGCUUGGUCCCUCUACACAGGUGGCAGAUGGCCUGGACGUGCUCAUCGUUACGACCGACAUGUUUGUCCGCGUGGGAUCUGAAUCCCUACACGGGAAGGUCUGCUUUCAGCACAUCCGCACCGUGGUGAUGGACGAGGCGCACACGCUCAUAUCGGAUGCCAGCUACCGAGAUGUGAUGGACGAAGUCGCAGCCAGUGUGGGCUCUGGCGGAUGGACCAACAUCAAACGCGUGGCGUUGACGGGCACACUUUGCAUCGGGGACCAGGAGCAUCUGUUUCGAAAGCUGGGUCAGCAAGUCGGGGGCAAGGUGUACCGUCUGGAGACGAUGCGUCGCGAUCUGCAGCUGCGUGUGCUUCACGGAAACCAGCCAAACUUUUUGUCGCAUGUGCAAGCCAUUGUGGACACGCGGGUGAUGCGUCAGGCGAAUGGGGAGCGUGUGCACAUGAUGGUCUUUUGUGACACCGUGAACGAGGUGAAGCUGCUGUGUGACCAGCUGCACGCAUACGGCUACAUGGCCUUGCCCUACUACACCGACCUGGAGGAGAAGGCAUUUGGUCGGGCUGGUCGCGAUAAACAGGGUGGAACUGCCGAGCUGUGGCUACCAGUGAGACGUGGGCCAGCACCAGGCAUGGAAAAGUUUGUCGAGGGCAAUGCGUGCCGCAGCUGGGCGCUCGGCAAGUUGCUAGAUCCCCGCGCCGCGACAUGCUUUGCUGCCGGCCAGCCGCUUUGUGACGUGUGCGCAGGAACAGCACAGCGCCUGGAGCCAGCAAUAGCUGCGCGCCAGCAGCGCGCUGCCCAAGCGUUGAGUGUGGGGCAUGUGGAAGCAGAGCCCGAGGCGAUGGCGGAGGAGGAAGAUGUGUUGUCUGAGCCACCUGCAGCACGGCUCGAGGAAGAAGAAUCGAUCGGGCCAGAGUCCGCCUUGGAUGUAACUUCAGCAUCGAACGUUGACACAGUCGCGUCCCCAGGACCAGGUGCCGUUGCGGCGCAGUCGAGCAGAAGCACUCCACGUGCCCAGGACACGGCUGCGGUGGCGACAAAUGCAGGGCCAAUGACGGAUGCUGCUGUGCCACGGAUACAGACGAGUGAUGCUUGGAUUGGUGAGGCAGAUACAGCAUCCAUGUCGGUGCCAGCUUCACCCAUGGUCUCUGAUGCUAAUGACGAGGCGCCUUUACAGCAAGAGGCGCGUGGCCCGGUGCAAACCACGAUGGCAGAGGACGAGAGCACGCCACAGCCAGUCAUGCAGUCAGCAGCACAGCCAACCCCCACGAAACACGCGCCAACCCCGUCGGCCUCGAUCAUUUGCGUGCCAGUACCAUCGGCCUCGGGUUCAACCUCCUCUCCGACGCGAUCGGCUGCAAGCUCAGCCUCGGGUACACUGCGGCGUAAGCGAGUGCCGCUGGCAGCUGAAAGUACAUGUACCCCUGGGUCUGACGAUCAUAACAACGUUGGCAACAGCAUCGCUACCAGCCCUGCUCCCUCAACAUCCAAGCGAACGGCAUCGGAUGUCACGUGCACAGGUGCUGCUUCUUUAACAGCGGCGCAAGCAGCAGAGUCGCGUCUUCCCGCAGCAAAACGAGCAGCAUCGAGUGAUGCGCGCACCGCCACCGUUGCCGCUACUGCUACCACUCGCUCUGAAGCCACGGUAUCUGCUGCAGCUACGCCACCGAAUCGGCACAACGUCGCGCCAAUAUUUCGGUCGAAAUCGGGGACCAAAAAAAAAUAUCUGAUGAACUACGCGGCGGCUGACAAGUUUAUUGGCGUUCUGAAGUUGAUGGAUGAUUACUGCAUGCGAUGUACCAUUCGACAGGCGAAACCCGUGCUGAAGGCUGGGCAUCAAUGCGUAUCUAAUCGUGUUUGUGAGCGGUGUCACUUCAAAGGACAUGAAGCAAGCAAAUGUUUCGUGGGCUUCGCAUACCCCGACAGAGCCUGUUGCUACGCUUGUGGAAUGCCAAAGGGGAUUCGUGGAUGUAAAACAUGGGAUCACCUUUGCAGGCAGUCUCAAGGACUGGAUUCGGGCCUGAGCUGUCUCCUCCUUUAUUCGGACUGUCAUUCGGGGCUGCGCGACCUGUCCCAGCGGAUGGGCUACAACUUGAGGGAAAGGACAUUGAAGGAUAUAAAAACGCGCGACUUGUUUGUCAAGUGGCUGUACUCGUCCGGUCCUUGUCCAUUUCCAGGGGAUGGGCAUUGGCGUCUUGUGGAAUUUGUGUUUGAAA